CGGAAGUGACGACAUUGCUUUCGAUUUCAUCGCACACUGGUGUCAUGUCAUGGAGAUGUGAGUUUUAAAUUGCUGCUCCAGUCCUGCCUAAAUGCUCCCAUGUAUUGGAGGUGAAUUGGCAACAAUAUCAUCUAACAGUCAAAUCCUCUGAACAUCCUCAGAUGGAUUUACCAGUGGAGGCAACAGUGCAUUUGAACCUUUUCCCCAAUGAGGCGGAGGUGAUAGAACUACUCCAGUCACAUGGCUUUAGUUUGACGAAUCUGAGUCAAGACCAGGUGCGUGUGAAGGGGUCGUUUCUGAAACUCAAAGCUGUGAAGGCCUCUCUGGAGCAGAUUGUUAAAUCAGACAAUAAGACGGACAUCGUUCCGGUCCCAAAAGCCUCCUAUGCUUCCUCUGGAGCCGUUCCCAAACACUACCCCCGAAACAGCUCAGUGUCCAAUGCUAACAGAAGCCGAGACAAGCCUCCGCACUCUUCUCCAUCUUCACCCUCCUCCUCCUCGCCUCCGUCAUCUCCAAACAAACAUCCAAGCUCACCAUACAAAGCGUCUCCUUCUCCAGAACCAGAUCAGCGCGGCUCAUUCAGUCCUCGAAGUGAGUCAUUUAGCGUCGAUGCAGAUGUGUUUAGGUACGCAGAUCGGCUCAGAAAAAGAGACAUUGAUGGCAUCGUGGAAUGCCAUAAUGUCAAAAUGAUGGUAGUAAAAGUAGGCGAUAGCGCCAGCAUCACUCUACAUGGGAAGAGCGCGAGAACAGCGGUCGGUAAACUACAGAGCCUCCUGGAUGAUCUCAACCAAUCACUGCGCACACAGGAAGUCCUUCUAAAGGACAUGGAUCAAGAAGGCAGGGUGCUUUUAGAGAAGAUCAAGAAAGACAGAAACAUUUACAACUCAGUGCUCGUAUGUCCCAUGGAUGUCAAACUUCGCCUGAUUGGACCGUCCCGUGAGAGCCACGAUUUAAAGCACAUACUCUUACGGAGGCAGAGGGAGCAGUCACGACAUCCAGAGAGGACGUCGGUCACAAUAGAGAAAAGGAGGAGCCGCUCUCUGCCACCGGUCAGUCACAAGAACGCCAGAGAUAGGGGGGGCAUCGACACGUCAUAUCCUUACGCAGAUGAGGCUGGUUACUCUCCUUCAAGGUACCAGGACGAGGAGCUGGGAGCGGUUGGUUCCUUUGGUGGAGCUUCAAUGGAUAGAAGACGCCCUGAAUCCAGAAGAUACGCCCCGAAAGAAAGGGUGCAAAAGAAGGACGAGAAAAGUCCUAAAUCACCUAAGAAAGCCUGGAACAGUUUCAAGAGAAAGUUGACAUCUUUAAGGAAAAAGAAAAAAUAAGGAGUGAAGUUUUGUAAAUGAGGUAGAAAGACCAUGCUACCUUAUCGUACAUUUUUUUUGACACUAUUAUGUGUCUUAAAAGCUGUUAUUUGUCUUAUGGAGUCUGCAGUUGCACUAUGUUGUAAAUCAGAACUGGAUUUGUAUCGGGAUUCUUGAGGCCAAUAGCAUUGAGCACAUAUUUGUACCGCUGAAUUUACUUUCACAAUAGAGAUUGAUUGUAAGGCUAUUGUAGCAUAGCGCCAUCUGCUGGUUUGUUCAGUUUCCGAGGUUCAAUAUCACGAGACUGACGUGUAUUGAUGCUGUCUCCUUUUAUUGGUAGUGAUACAUUAUAGCCUUGAAAAUGAAAUGAUUUUCUAAAAUUAGUAUUUUUUUAAUCAGCAUUGUUUCAGUUCAGUUUCCCAAAGCAUAUCAUUUUUAUUGACAUUUUCACAGUUCAUUUUCAUUUUACUUUCAGUUUUAUAAUCACUGUUGUACACAGAUACUGUACCAAUAUACCGGAUUGUGAUCAAAAUAACCGUUAAUAUAAGACAUGCAAAUAUGGGUUGGGAUCUGUUGUCCUUUUAAUCAUCUCUUUAAAAGGAUUGUUGUUGCAGUGUAACAUUUAAAUCAAUAAGUCAGAUUGAUAAAUAUCAUGCAAUAUACUGA